AACACAACCUUACACGAAAUUUGCAGUUCUUUCUUCAAUCUUAAUUUCUGUUCUUGUUCUGUCUCUCAUGGGAAGUCAUGGCAGAAAGAAGUUUUCGCUCUUCAGCUUAUUUAAAGCAAGAAGGUCGUCUCAUCAUAGAGUUGAAGCUGAUGCAUCCUGGGACGACGUCGUUUACACAAGAAAGGCAUGGGCCAGCGACGAGGACAAGCGUUACUGGGUGGCUGAGCCAGGUAUUGACCGUAAAGCUUCUGCUUUCAUCGCUAAGUUCCAUGCCUCUCGUGUCUCUGAGUCCGAACGCCAAACUCUCCCUCCUUGCCAAUCUCAUCAUAACUAGUCAUCACCAUGAUGACGAUGAUGACGAUGAUGAAUGGAAGAAGGCCUAGCUAGGGCUUAUUUAGUUUGGUUUGCUAUGUAUAUUGUCGUUUCUUUUCUAAUGUGUUGAUGAUUAUCCUUACGAUGAUUUGUUUAUAAAAUGUCUUAAAUGUAGUUUUACACACUAAUAUUUUUAAAUGAA